UUAUUACCAGAGGAGAAGAUAACUCUUAACGAACGUAAACAAACAUGGCAGAAAACUUUUAUCAGCUCCAAAAAGAAGGAAUUUUCAAAAAAAUCAUUUAUGCUGGUGAUGGAAUCGUGCCUUCGUUUCCAGAUGGUGCAAAAGCAACAUUUCAUUAUCGGACAACAAAAGCAGAUGAAGAAAAAACCCUGCUGGAUGACAGCAAACACACAGGUAAACCUAUGGAGCUGAUAUUUGGCAAGAAAUUUAAGUUGGAGGUUUGGGAGAAACUAUUGAAAACAAUGACAGUUAAAGAAGUGGCGGAGUUUACCUGUGAUACUAAGCAUGCAGCUGUUUACCCAGUGGUGGCCAAAAGUUUACGUGAUAUUUUUAAAGGGAAGACAACCCAUUCUCACACCUCCCACUGUUGUGGCAUGAUGGCACUUUCAGAGCAAGGAAUGGGCUACUCUGAUUUGGAUGAGUUAAUGAAAUCCCCACAACCUUUAGUAUUUACACUUGAACUCCUCACACUUGAGCUUCCUGAACAGUUUGAGCAAGAAAGCUGGUCAAUGAAUGAAAAGGAGAAACUUGAAAGUGUCCCCAAGCUACGGGAGGCUGGGAAUGAAGCUUACUCUAAGAAAAACUAUGAAGAGGCUGCCAACAAAUACGCUCAAGCUCUUGGUAUGCUGGAGGACCUCAUGCUGCAGGAAAAGCCAGGCGAUGAAGACUGGAAGAGACUUGAUGAAAUGAAACGUCCACUGUUGCUCAACUAUUCUCAAUGCAAACUUCUGACCCAUGAUUACUACCCUGUGAUAACUCAUACAACUGAUGUUUUAGAGAGAGAUCCAGACAACAUCAAGGCGUUGUUCAGACGAGGUAAAGCACAUGCUGCUGUGUGGAAUUUGAAAGAAGCUCAAAAAGAUUUUGCCAGAGUUGUGGAACUUGAUUCCAGCCUGGAGUCAGCUGUGAAGAAAGAGUUGUCCAGCCUUGAGCAGAGGAUUAAACAGAAGGAACAAACAGAGAAGACUUUGCUCAAGGGGAUGUUCAGCUGACCUCAGCCACAGCAUGCAGUCAGUCAAAUGAUCACUCACUCAAACCUAGAAAUCUCAGUCUUUCAGUCAGCUUUGCUAUUUAAAGCUGCACUGAGCUGUUGAUUUCAUAGCCACAAUUUUGGUGAACUAGUUUAAAACUGUGUAAACACAGAUUGUAGUUUUUUAAGUUACAGUUUUUACUUUUUAAAAUGAAGCAGUCAUUUUAAUGUGAUAACCUAAUUUUUUUUCAAUAGGCCAACUUAGGCUUUAUCAUUUCUGUGUUUUUUCACUUUGAUGUUAACUUACAUUACUUGUAUGAGCUGUUACUAAGAAUUUUGUUUUAUACAUUUGAUUUGGCCUGUACUUAUUGCUACAAAAUUGUUUUAAAUAUUUAUCAAUUGUUUUAAAAAAGAAACUAUUUGCCAUAUGAUUUGCUCUAGGUUUUUCAUGUCUUCAGACAUGACACAGAGCAUUGGUAUUGUGUGCAAAAUAUUUGAAUUUUUUAUCAGUAAGAUGGAUCAAUGGAAACCUGACACAAGAGUAAAGCAAUUAUCAUGAUCAUUCUUAGUGACUUGCCAAACUAAUCCUUCCUUAAUGGCUGCUCAAUAGAUGCUAGUCUUUGCCACCACUAAUUUGUACAUUCAUUCUUUACAUAUCUUCAUUUCAUAUUAACAACUAAGUCCUUUUAACAAACCAACAAUCAUGUGCUAAAGACAUUGUGAUAAUAUAUAUUGUAUAUAGUUUCAGCUUCUAAUUCUGAAUAUUUUUCUUUUGUUUAUAAUUAAAGAUGUGUUAGAUUUACAUAAUUUUGUUGACUUGUGUUUAAGUAUUAAAAA